AUGGCUCCUAGUGUCCCUGCUCCUCUACUUGUGGUGCUCCUCGCGGCGGCACAAACUGUCCUCGUACUUGUAGUCUUUCCGCAAUUUCUACCUGAGAAUCCAUUCGCGUGGACCUUUAUCCGCUUUAUCAGUUUGAACUUCGGUCUCUGGACUAUAUGGCGGGUCUUCAUUUAUCCAUUCUAUCUCAGCCCCCUCCGACAUCUCCCAAUGCCAAAGGGCGGCUAUCCCAUCAUCGCCCACGGACUCGAAAUUUUCGAUCAGCCACCCGGCCGCAGUAUUCAAGAAGCCGUAGCUGAGGUUCCAAACGACGGCUUGGUCAACUGCCGUGGGUAUCUCUACAAAGACCAACUCCUCGUCACGGACCCAAAGACCAUCGCCGAGGUCCUGGUUCACAAAUGCUAUGACUUUGAGAAGCCGGUCAGGGCACGAAACUUCCUGGCCAGUGUCCUCGGCGAUGGGCUCGUCCUUGUAGAAGGCGACGAGCAUAAGUUCCAGCGGAAACACAUCAUGCCCGCGUUCAGCUUCCGCCAUAUCAAAGACCUGUAUCCGUUGUUCUGGUCGAAAGCCAUCGAGUUCAAUGAAGUCGUCGCUGCGGCAGUACGCGAGUGUACUGAAGAAGCCGGUGGCGAAAAGCCCCCCAGAAACUCAGGCGUUAUAGAGAUGAAACAUUACGCCAAUAAGGUCACGAUGGACAUCAUCGGCGUCGCAGGUCUGGGCCGCAACAUCAACUCGCUGCACAACCCCGAUGAUGAGCUUAUGAGAAACUUCGAGGAAAUUACUGCGCCGACGUUCGAGCAGGUAAUUUACUUCGCGGCAUACAUCUCACUUCCAACAUGGCUGGCAGAGAACCUGCCACUGAGGAUCGCAAGACGGCGGAAAAUUACAGCUGCCAAUGUACGGAACAUCGGUCGGGAUUUCGUCAAAGAGAAGAAGGAGCUCAUAAGACUCCAAAGCGAUGACCACAAGGACAUCCUGUCUGUACUGAUCAAGUCAAACGAUUUCUCAGACGACAUGCUCGUAGAUCAAGCUCUCACGUUUCUAGCAGCUGGCCACGAAACCACCUCCUCAGCCUUCACCUGGACAUCCUACCUGCUCGCCACGCACGCCUCAAUCCAAAACCGCCUCCGCGACGAAAUCGGCGCCGCGAUCCCCUCAACCACAUCCCCGCCCCCGGACCUCGCCGCAACCCUCGAAUCCCUUCCCCUCCUCAACGCCGUCUGCAACGAGGUUCUCCGCCUCUACCCAACUGUGCCAGUGACGCUACGCAACACAGUUCGCACGACCUCGCUGUGCGGCGUUACUGUGCCAGCUGGGACCCGUGUGGCGAUCGCACCGUGGGCGAUUAACCGGUCGCCACACCUGUGGGGCCCGGAUUCGUGCACUUUUGUGCCAGACCGAUGGAUCGAUAAGGCCACGGGGCAGGCCAAUAAUCAUGGCGGGGCGACCAGCAACUAUAGCAACAUGACUUUCCUGCACGGGCCGCGAAGUUGCAUUGGGCAGAGCUUUGCGAAGGCAGAGCUGAGGGCGCUAGUUGCGGCGUUUGUGAGCGCGUUUGAGAUUGAGUUGGAGGACCCGAGUUAUGUCCCCAUGCCUGCGGGUGUUGUAACGAUCAAGCCGAGAGACGGGCUGAGGUUAAGGCUGACGGCGCUUGAGGGGUAG